AUAUAUACAUUCGCGCACGAAUUUGCCGGAACGUACCAUAGUAGAACCGGAACAAAACUUUUACAGUGGCCGUGGAAUUACGUCGCAGGAAACCUCAUUAGCAUCGUCUUUGUUACAUUUCCAUAAUAAUGUUCGCAGUGAGGCGCGUUUUAGUUUCCAACACAAUUAAGGAUGUGUUCACAAGAUCGAAGCACUCUCUCCCGGACCUGCCGUACGACUACAAGGCUUUGGAGCCUAUCAUAUCUGCAGAUAUCAUGCAGCUUCAUCAUUCCAAGCAUCACGCGACCUAUGUUAACAAUUUGAAUGUUGUAGAGGAGAAAUUGAAGGAGGCAGUCGCGAAAGGCGACGUGACCACUCAGAUCGCUCUAGCUCCAGCUAUCAAAUUCAACGGUGGUGGACAUCUCAAUCACUCAAUCUUCUGGUGCAAUCUGUCGCCUUGUGGCGGUAAUCCAGAUGCUGCUCUUGUAAAGCAAAUUGAGAAAGAUUUCUGCAGUAUGGAAGAGAUGAAGAAACGCCUAUCGGAGGCAACUGUGGCAAUCCAAGGGUCUGGCUGGGGUUGGCUUGGUUAUGAUCAGAAAACGAAGUCUCUCAGGAUAGCGACCUGUGCGAAUCAAGACCCAUUGCAGGGCACAACUGGUCUCAUUCCUCUCUUUGGCAUCGACGUGUGGGAACAUGCCUAUUACUUGCAAUACAAGAACGUGCGACCCGACUACGUGAAGGCAAUCUUCGACAUUGUCAAUUGGAAGGAUGUGAAUGCACGCUUCAAAACUGCCGCUGGUUGUUAAGGGAUGAAUAAGCAGCAUUUAACGCUUAAUAUUUAACUUAAAGAAGGAUCUGUCACAUAGAGUGACGAUGCUUUGUUAGGGUUGGGAUGUCUUUGUGAGCUGCUACUUAGAUUGACAGUCAUAUUUAGAAUACUUAUUUUGCAACUGUUGGAAGUUUUCUCAGUUGAAUUGGAUUAUCCCUCUAGAUCUAAAAAAAUACCAAUCUAAGUUAGGAAAAUGUGCAACAGUUGCAAAACAAACGUUCUGUUGAACUUGACCGAUGUUUUUAUUAGAUUCGGAAUGUGGUUGGUUGUGAGAACUUUCCUUGUGCUCGAUAACAUACCUGUGAUUUUGUUUCUCUGUAUUUGUAUAGGUGUACCACAUGUUAAAUUGACGAUAUGAUAAUAGUCGAGUAAAAUAAAUAUAACACGCAUAGGUAGGAGUCACAUUAUAUCCUGUCUCUUAUGUUGAGAUGAGAUUAACAGCAGAUUUUAAUUUCAAUACACCCAAUAAUUGCAUGAUCCUCCAAAUUAUUAUCUACAUAAGUCACUAUUUUACAUUUGUAUGUUAGAGCUAAGUUGUUUUCUAUUUUAUCAAAGAAUGUAAGUACUCUGUGUAUGCUUUUUACACAAUAAAGAGAAAAGGAGGUUA